UCUCCUACAAAACUCUCUCAAUGAGAUGUGAGAUCAAGACCAGAGAACAGCAAGGCUCUAAAGAGUGCUUUGAGCUGACGUUUUUCGCCACAAUUUUGGACAAGUUACUUAUGAGACUCUUCCAAUCUGCAAGAGAUUUAUUUUACCAUUUGGUAGAUUGACAAAACGACACUGAAAAACGCGGUUGACAUUGAUGAUGUCGAUAAUCUUGAAAAACUAAGGUCUUAGUAACUUACAGAAGAACUAUAGACAAGUAAAGGAAGUAAAAGAGUCUUGAUUUCUYCUAAAGUGCGCAACUUGUAAACAUGAAUAUCACAAAUAACAUUUCCAGUCAGUCGUUACCAAACCAUACAUCGACACCUGUACGUCCUAGCAACAUUGAAGUCUUUGGCCUUGUUCCUGUCAUUAUUUCUUGUAUAUUCUACGUACAGAUUGCAGUACUUGCCAUUUUUGGAAACGGGCUCGUUGUCGGCUCGUUUAUUCGUCAUCGGCACUUACGAACAUUCACGAACUACUUCGUUGUUUCACUCGGUGUUGCCGAUAUGUUGGUCGGGAUGAUCUCGAUUCCAAUGUGGAUGUCACUUUUACUCGGUGGUCAAACGACGGAGGUAUUCCUCGUGGUUUACACGUUGCUUGACAUCUUUGCCGGGACGACGUCCAUUAUGCAUUUAAUGGUGAUCAGUUUAGARAGGUUUUAUGCAAUCAUAUUCCCUGUGCGCCAUCGUAACACAAGYUCAGCGRUUUACUACAUCGGCCUCGUCUUCGUGUGGGUGUUGCCUGGYAUAAUGAGCUUUUUAAGUGUACAAGUACUAAGACCUUACGAUAAAGAGAUGAACAUAUUGGUCUUGUUCCUGGUAUUUUUUGUGACUCCGCUGGUCGUCAUACUAUUCGCCUAUGGUGGAAUUUGGAAGGCAGUUCGAACUCGCGUCCUUCCCCAAGCGACGCAACCUGGAAAGCGGUCUCUAAAACGUGACAUGCGCGUUAUUGUCACCAUAGCUUUAGUGAUCUUAUUCUUUGUGGUAUCAUGGUUUCCAUUCUUUGUAGUUAAUUUACUGGCAAUAUUUAACCCASAAUCCACCAUKCCUUACCAGACCUCCCUACUUUUGUUCACAAAGUUUAUGCAUUUCUCCAAUUCAGCGGUAAAUCCCAUUGUUUAUGCUGUCAAAAUCCCAGAGUUCCGCAGGGCCUUUCGACAGCUAGUUGGAUUGUGCUUGUGUCGGGCACACAAUCUCAGACCACGUGAUAACGAGCUGUUUUCCGGGACUGACAUUCGUGAUAAACAAACAGUAGUAUCCAACGGUUAGAAAACUGCAGUAUUACCCAGAAUCCAACGUACAACAGCUUUACAUCGCCACACUAACAAUGAUUGAAAACUGCAGUACCAAACAGAACCAAUGUGCAAAGUGAUGCACAUCAAUAAUUAAACAAUGAUUGAAAACUGCAGUAUUACCCAGAAUCCAACGUACAACAGCUUUACAUCGCCACACUAACAAUGAUUGAAAACUGCAGUACCAAACAGAACCAAUGUGCAAAGUGAUGCACACCAAUAAUUAAACAAUGAUUGAAAACUGCAGUACAGAAGUUGAUUGCACUAUCAAUCUGACAAUCAUUAUAACUGCAGUAACACCCUCUAUAUCCUAUCGUACAAUAGCUGUAACUAGCUGUCUACCUAUUGUUGAAUUAUCGAAAGAUGUUAUGUUGUAAUAAAGGUGUAAAAAGUGGAAAAAUCAAUUUGAUGUUUGAAGAGGGUAACUUAGCAUUCUGGUAUUAUUAGCGGAAACGCACUAAAACAUAGUCUCAUCGCAGCCAUUUGUGUUGAUAGGUUACGUGCUCAUUUAAAAUAUACAAGAAUAAAGCUGUUACGGUUCAUUUCAUUAUUCUUUA